AUUAUCGAGACCAGCAGACGACGGAUAGAUAGAGAGAGAAAGAUAGAGCGAGUGGGGGAAGGGGAAAGAGCGGGGCGUUGAUCUUGGUGCUGUGCCAUGUCGAAAAUAGCAGCCAUUGACAACAUGCAACUGCAACUGCAACAGCAGCAGCAGCAGCAACAGCGGCACACAUCCCCCAAAAAUCGAGCAGAAUAGUCCAAAUUAACUGUGGAAUAUAUCCCCCCAUAUGGCUCAGAUAACAACGGAAAAACGAACAACGGGAACAACGAUGCGACCAAUACAUCAUGCGACACCAUCGGGCGCUUCGACAGUCAUCGCUGCGAGUGCCUCAGCCUUGGCCACAAAGGAGAAUUCGCGGCAUCAGGCAACAUCGCGUGGCGGCGGCAAGGGCAUCGAGAUCUUGGACUUUCACGAAUCCUGGCUGGAGGAGGUCGAACUGUACAAGAGCAAGUUGGUCAUGGGCAAGCAGCUGUCGCAGCACAAUCAUCAAUCGUCCCAUCAAUCAGCCCACAACUAUACCAAUUCCAAUUCCAAUGGCCCCUCCAAGCGUUACUCCACGCAGAUACGCAACUCCGCUGGACACUCAACCACACCAACACCAACAUCAACAAGAUCAUCACAAAAAGCCAACCAACAACAACAACAGCAGAAAUCUCCAACGUCGCCAAGACGCCAGAAGCAUUCGGAUGCUUCAGCUGCGAACAUUGUCACCAAUGGAACGCCUGCCGCGAAGACUGCCCCGCCACGUCUAACAACCAAAUUAAACUCGGUGCCAGCGCCCGUUGUUGGCGUUCUCCAGUCGGAGCCAUAUAAAAAGGUUCAGCGUGCACGUGAGGAUGUGCUUGCCAAAAAUGCCACGAAUAGCAACGGCAAUUGCUAUAAGCGUCCCAGCAUCAGCACGGCCGGCACAAGUCCACCUCGGAGUGGAUUGGCACGCAGCCCGAGUGCGACAACGAUUAAGGCGGCCAGCAAGAUUGUUGUUAACCCGUUCCACGGCAGCAGCAUGCUGAGUGGACAGCAGCACGAUGAGAAGAGCAAGAUACUAACACAAAAUGGUCUAACCAAAUCAGCAGCCACAGCCCUGGAGACAUCGCUGUAUGCCUCGCUGUACGCCCAGCCCACCCAACUGCCAUUCCAAUGCAUGAGCACGCGUGUCGCCUCCGGUGAGCAUAGUGGCAACAACUAUAUGGGCGUCUCCCUGAACAAGUCCGUCAAUCAUGAUUGUCAACACAGCGACGAUGAUCCCUGCGGUGCUAUUGACGAAAUCACUAGCUAUGAUGACUCGGAUUCGGAUUCGGAUUAUGUUGGCACACCAUUCUAUCUGGAUGAGGAUAACGAAGAGACUAGCCAGAGUCGUCACAUUCGCUUAAAACUGGAUAAGGUGGCGUCAAAGACAUCGGUGGCAACAACGAAUACCACAGACACUGAAGCAUCUGUGUACUUUAAGCCCGAGACAAUAUUGUCGCCCAGUCUGUUCCCGAAUGUGCCACCAUAUUUGAAUUUCACCUCGCAUGCAGACAAGGGACCGCCAAUGCCAGCCGUUCUGCACCGUGUGCUCAAAUGGAAGCUCAGUCCAGUUAUGCCAAAGAUUGUGAAACGUGUUGUCCUCAAUUCAGGAUUUCGCAUUAUCAGAAAUACCACUGACUGGAUGGCCGUGUGGGAGAAGCAUAUGAAGAGUCCUGGCUUUCGUACGAUACGCUCGCACCAGAAGUACAAUCAUAUGCCCGGCUCAUUUCGUAUUGGACGCAAGGACACUAUGUGGCGGAGUAUUGCUAACAAUAUGAAGAAAUUCGGAAAAAAGGAUUUUGGCAUUAUGCAAAAAUCUUACAUAAUGCCCGAUGAUUUGGAGGACCUGCGUCAGGUGUGGCCAAAGAAUGCAUCGAAGCUGACCAAAUGGAUUGUGAAGCCGCCGGCAAGUGCCCGCGGCACAGGAAUUCGGAUUGUGAACAAAUGGAGCCAAUUUCCCAAGGAUCGGCCGUUGGUGGUGCAAAAGUAUAUCGAACGUCCGCUGCUUAUCAAUGAUAAUAAAUUUGAUAUGCGUAUUUAUGUGUUGCUAACCUCCGUGAAUCCGUUGCGCAUCUACAUGUUCAAGGAUGGCCUUGCGCGAUUCGCGUCGGUCAAAUAUAGCUCGGAGCUGGGCAAUCUGGAUGAGCGAUGUAUGCAUCUGACCAACUAUAGCAUCAAUAAGUUUUCACAAAACUAUGCGAAGAACGAGGAUUUCAAUGCGUGCCAGGGACACAAGUGGACUCUGCAAUCGCUGUGGUCCUGCUUGGAGAAUCGUGGCGUCAACACCAAACGUCUGUGGGCCACGCUGCGCAAUCUGGUCAUCCGGGGCAUUGUGAGCGGUGAAUCGGGUCUGAAUCGUAUGUACCGACAGAAUGUCAAUUUCCGUUACAAUUGUUAUGAGCUCUUCGGCUUCGAUGUGCUGCUCGACGAGAAUCUAGUGCCUUGGCUGUUGGAGAUCAACAUAUCGCCAUCGCUACACUCCGAACUGCCUCUUGAUUUGCAUGUGAAGGGUCCACUGAUCCAGGCCGUACUCAACACGGCCCUCUAUCAGGUGCCGCCCAAGCUGAACGAGCGACAGCAGCAGGAGGUGCUUGACGAGCUGGAGAUGCAGGGCCCGCUGGUCCAUGAUAAGCGCAUCUUCACCACUUGCCUAACUGCGGAGGAGGUGCGCAAGCACAAUCAUUUCACCAGUCGUGCCAUUGAGUAUCGGGAGGAGUAUGUGGAUACCAUACUGGAUAAUCUUCUGCCCGACGAUGUCCGCUGCCUGAUCCUGUCGGAGGAUGAGCUGGCCCGCUGUAAGCCACUGGAGCGCAUCUUUCCCACUCCGAACAGCCAUACUUUUCUGCCCUACUUUGAGAAUGCGCGCUACUACAAUCGACUCCUAGAUGCUUGGGAGACCAAGUACGCCAAGAAUCGUGAGAUGGGUAUCGCAUUAUUGACGCGCUUUUGUCAGGAUAAAUAUCAUUUGCAGGUCUCCGAAGCAGCCAUGGAAAAGGAACCGAAUGUGGCGCUCACAGAGAUUGAUAUGCUGCAUGUGAAAAAGGAUGAAAUUUUAGAUAAUCCAACUAACCUGCCGCCUAUUAAAGCCGUAGAGACCAAUGAUGCUGCGUUGCUAUCGGCCAGUGACUAUAUACCGAGAAGUCCAGAAUCGGCAACAAUUAACUAAAAACAAACAAUAUAUCACAAAUCUUAAGACUGACUGUAAAAUUGAAUUGAGCAACUUGGCGACAACAUAUCCACUUUCUGUUUGUUGUUUCAUGUGAGUGCGACAUGAGAGCAGUUUAAGCAAUAACUCCAGUCUUAUUUUAAAUUCACGUUGAAUUUCCCACAAAAAAUAAAGUUCAAAUAUUUCUGGUUAAUAUUUUCUAUAUACA